GACGCGACGAGUGCCGAGAGGGGUUGCGGCGCACGAGGCAGAGGGUUGCGCGCGUGGGUUGUACGGUCGUCUCGUUCCUGGUCCUUCCCUUCCCCGCGUAACACACACACACACGCACACGCACACAAUCCGCACACGUAUAACACACGCGCACACGCGUAUACGCAACUAUCCGCACUUUUCCGACUUCGCCGCCUCCCUUAUGUUUAUACCGAUACGCAGUCGGAAGCCGAACAGGAACACGAUGACUACGGCACCGCCGGCGGGGAUGGACGCAGAGCCGCGGAAGAGACAGUUCGCCGGGCAUCGGCCGUGCACGAAUCGGUCGGCCCACCACGUGGAUCGCGGUCUCGCGCUCUCGUCGCUGGCACCGUUCGCGCUCGUCCUCGUCCUCGCGCUCGCAGGUACCAGCGACGCCUCCUACGAGACGCAGGGACCCAGCUUCGUGACGGAGCCGCCGUCCAGGGUGGAGUUCACCAACGCGAACGGCGGCCGGGUGGACUGCACGGUGCGGGGUAACCCGCUGCCGACCGUCGACUGGCUCGCGGCGGACGGCGGCAGUAUAACGAACAUCCUCGGUAUCAGGCACGUCCUCGGCAACGGGACGAUACACUUCCCCGCGUUCGAGGCCGAGGCCUUCCGGCAGGACGUCCACUGGGCCAUUUACAAGUGCUCCGCCGUCAACAGUGUCGGCGCGGUCGUUAGCAGAGACGUCACCGUCAGAGCAGUGGUAAACCAACGUUACGAUCCGGAAGUGCAAAAUCCCAGCGGGUUCCCCGGCAACAACGUGCUCAUGCGCUGCAUCGUGCCCAGUUUUGUUCGCGACCACGUCACGGUCACGUCUUGGCUUCAAGAACCGGUCUUCAAUAUUUACCCCUCCACAAUGGGCGAUGGCAAAUAUCAUAUGCUGCCGACCGGCGAGUUGAUGAUAAUCAAUAUUACGCGAAGCGACGCGCAGAUGACGUAUCGGUGCAGGACGCAUCACCGGUUAACUCAGGACACCGUCGUCAGCAGCAAUGUAGGGCGGCUGCAACUGACUGAAAUUCGAGGCUCCAUGCCGCCUAUAAUAAAUGAGAAGCUGGUGUACAUGUCGGCUCGCUUGAAAGACACCGUCGUGAUCCCCUGCGUGGCCUACGCCAACCCCACCCCGACUAACAGAUGGUACUACAACAGGAAUCAAAGGGAGGAACCGAUCGAGGAGUCGUCGGGCCAUUACGUGGUGCGUGACGGCUCCUUGAUCAUCCAGAGCGUCGCGGAGAACGACGCCGGCUCCUACAUGUGCACCGCCAGCAAUUCCGAAGGCAGCGAAACUUUGGAGAUCAGAUUAACGGUGUCUGCACCGUUGAGCGUUCACGUACAGCCAACGAUACAGACGGUCGAUCUGGGGAAAUCCGCCUAUCUGACGUGCACCGCAAGUGGAUUUCCGCAAGCGGCACUCUAUUGGCUGAAGGACGGUCAGCCAUUGAGAACGGGCGCCCGAGUAAGGACGGUCUCCAGCGAGCGCAUUUCCGUGACGUCGGUCGCGAGGGAGGACCGCGGCAUGUACCAGUGCUUCGUGCGGAACGAGUACGAAAUGGCUCAAGGAAUUGCGGAAUUGCGCUUAGGGGAGAUCGCGCCGCAGCUGGUCUACAGAUUCAUCGAACAGACAAUGCAGCCCGGUCCAUCGGUUUCUCUGAAAUGCAGCGCCGCGGGUAAUCCCACGCCGCAAAUUUCCUGGCUGCUAGAUGGAUUUCCGCUUCCACAAAACGACAGACUCCUGAUUGGCCAAUACGUGACCGUGUACGGGGACGUAAUAUCCCACGUUAAUAUCACGACGGUGAAGCCCGAAGACGGCGGCGAGUACGAGUGCAUCGCCAGCAGCCGCGCCGGCGAGGCGAGGCACUCGGCGAGGCUCAAUAUCUACGGACUGCCAUACGUCAGACCGAUGUCGCCCGUUUCAGCGGUCGCGGGGAAGCAACUAUAUAUCAAGUGUCCUGUAGCCGGUUAUCCCAUCGAAUCGAUAGUGUGGGAGAAAGGGGACGUAAAACUGCCUACCAACAUGAGACAACGAGUCGCCAACGGCACGCUGUUCAUCGAUACCGUGCAACGCAGCGCCGACGAAGGCACGUAUACAUGCACUGCCAGAAACAAACAUAAUUUCACGUCGCAUCGCUCGGUCGAAGUACGUGUUCUAGUUCCGCCGCGGAUCUCGCCAUUUUUUUUCGGAGACGGUGUGAUGGAGGGACAGCGGACACAGCUUAUGUGUACGACGAGCCAGGGUGACCAGCCGUUCAACAUCACGUGGUUGAUGGACGAGAAACCGAUUCAGGUCAGACCGAGCGACGGUGGUACAUCGGUGUCGUCGGUCCAGACCGUCGCCGCCGCCGCCGCUGCCGCCGCCGCUACCGUCGAGACCAGCAACGGCAUACAGAUAAGCGACUAUCCGCCGUUUUCCAGCAUCCUGACGAUAAAUAGCGUCAGCGCUAGCCACAGCGGCAACUACACGUGCCAGAUCAGCAACGUCGCUGGCCUGGCCGAGCACUCGACCAGCCUCUCAGUCGCUGGUUGGUGUCCUGAGAAAAACUGAUGUAUAGUCGUAAGAAAACUGUGUACAUAAAGCGUCCACAAAUAAGAAACCUUCCUUCUUCGCUAUCUCCCAAUCCUUCUCUCUAUUUUUCUGUUUGUUUAUCCCUCAAUCUAUCUACGUAUCUAUCUCUCUCUCUCUCUCUCUCU